AUGGAACAUUUCGACGUUGCGGUUGUCGGACUUGGAGUGCUUGGAAGCGCGGCUGCGUACCAAGCCGCUUUAAGAGGCAAGAAAGUGGUCGCAUUCGAGCAAUUCGAGCUGGGCCAUGUGAACGGAGCCUCCCACGAUACAUCGCGGAUUGUCAGAACAGCAAACGCAGCACCUCAAUACGUCUCCCUAGCCAAAUCCGCCUACCGGGACUGGGCCGACCUGGAAAAGGCUACAGACCAAAAGUUGCUAACGAUAACCGGUGGUGUUAUGUUCUUCCCUAAGGGUGCAAACCCUCCACGAGUUGACUUCACGACAAGCCUCGCCGCCAAAAAUGUGCCAUAUGAGGUUCUGCAUUCCAAGGAAGUCAACAAGCGUUGGCCUCAGUUCAAUAUCCCGGAUACUGUCGAGACGGUAUAUACGGCCGACACCGGCAUUGCUCAUGCGGCCAAGACAGUCCUAGCUAUGCAAAGUCUAGCAAGAACAAAGGGUGCAAUUUUGAAGGAGCACACACGAGUGGACCGCGUGACGCCGAAGAAAUCAGGCACGGGUGUCGUGAUCGAAACAUCCAUGGGACAAUUCCACGCAGCCAAAGUCAUCCUUGCCACCGACGCAUGGACCAACAAGCUACUUGCUCCCCUUGGCGAACACAUUCCCUUGACGGUGAUGCAGGAGCAAGUAACAUACUUCAAGCCGACGGAUGAACAAGCCUGGGAACCCAGCCGCUUUCCCGUAUGGAUUUGGGGCGGCGAUCCCUGUUUCUAUGGGUUCCCAUCUUUUGGCGAGCCGACUAUCAAGGUUGCCCGCGAUACUUCAAACAAUUUCAUGACACCUGAGCAACGUACUUAUGUACACUCGCCGCAGUUGCUUGAGCAGCUUUGUUCGUUUAUGGGCAAUUUCGUGCCCGACGAGGGCCGUCAACCGCUUCGCACUAUCACUUGCCAAUACUCUAUCACUCCGGAUCGACAGUUCAUCAUCAGCCCAUUAGAAAAGCACCAAGAUAUUAUUGUUGGUCUGGGGGCUGCCCAUGCGUUCAAAUUCGCACCGGCCUUUGGUCGUGCUCUUGCGGAAUUGGCAAUUGAUGGGAAGAGUACCGAGGAUCUUUCGAAGUUUGGCAUUCCAAAGAAUGCUACUUCUACUAGCAGACUUUAA